AUGGCGGCCACAAUGCGAACCGGAGGCCUUCAUCACGCGUCCUCGCUAGGGAACAUCGACACAUCGUCACAGUCGAAAGUACAUUUAGCCGCACGAAGCUACGACUCCGAAGAUGAAAAUAUGGGCCGCAAGAAGGGACGGCCUUAUGAGACGAGCCCGUGCUCGCGGGCUCCGGUCUACUCGAAGGGAGACAUCCGGGAGCAGUACUGCCUGACGGAUCGCCAGCUCAACUCGAUAGAGCAACCGCGCCGGGAACGGUUCUUCGGUUGCUGGUCCGGUCGCAAUGCUCCGCAGUCGUUUCUGGGCGUUUGCGUCGGGCGCCGGGCUCCGUCCGAUGAGAACCUUGCCGACUACGCCCCGAUCCAGCGGUACCCGAGGUACAUCAAUACCGGGCCGAUAGCAAAGUCCAUCCUGCAGCAGUACGAUGACGACAUGGAGAGCUCGUACUUUCGCCGAAAACCGACCUCUUUUUUAUCGAACAGCAGCGCCACUUCCGGUGGUGGCGGUGGCCCGACUAGCGGAGGGACCGGAUUAAUUAUCGGCAGCAGCGCCACACUGCCCGGCGGUGACAGCAAGCGAUACGGUGGUUCCUGGCUGCCGGCCGAGGAUGAAGCCGUUCGGUUAGAGGGUCCAAGCUUUUAUCGAUGUCCAGCACACCACGAUCUGCCACCACCACCACCUCCACCGAGCGUUGCCCUUAUCGAUGCCCUGCCAGGCGGACAGCCAAGGACGAAACAUGUCAGCUUCGCCCGCUCCUACACGCUCACCUCGUUCGACGAGGCGAUGGGCAGCCGGCCUCUGUCGCGCCUGGCCGCGGCCCGUAGCCAAGAAAGACUGAUUGGUGGCAAGAAGCCCACGAUUACGCUGGCCCACCACACGGCGGUGGCGGCGGCCGUCCCCCCACCGGCCACCCAGUACGUCGGUGGCGGUGGUGGGGCCCCGCUCCACUCGAUCCUUACGCAGCCCACGGCCACGCACCCGCAGCAGCCCCUGAUGCCGGCGGCCCUCCAGAAGCAGCCACUCUCCGUCACUGCCUGCCAAAGCCACGGUCAACCUCAGCAGCAGCAACCCCAGCCGCAGACACAGCACCUGCUGAUCCAGCAACAACCAUCGGCGGCCCAUCAGCUGCACCAGCAUCUUCACCAGCAGCAUCUGCAGCAUCUGCAGCAUCAGCAGGCGGCUCUGCUAGCGCACCAAGCGCACGUCCAGCACCAGGCGGCCCAGCACGCCGCCCAGCAACAGCAGCAGCUCCAACAUCAGCAGCAUCUCCACCACCAGCAGCAGCACCAGGAUAUGGUCGUCCUGGAGAAAGUGAAACGAAGUGCCAUGAAGACGCAGGCGACGCAGACGGAGGUGUACCUGGGCAAGAAACCGAUGGCACCUCACAACCUAUCGCUCAGCCCGAGGACCAUUCAUCGGGUGAAAAUGGUCUCGCAAGGAGCGCAAACGAACGGCGGUCUGAACGGUGGGGGCCGCAAGCUCACCAAGAGCCUGUCGGAGGCGGCUGACCGGCUGCAGGAGAAUGGGCUCGAUCCGGUGCAGCUCCCGGAACCGGGCACCGGGGCCAGUGGGCCGGGCUUCGAUCACGAGCUGCUGCAUCGGACGCAGUCGGAGGAGCCACCGAAAUCACCCUUCACGAUCACCUCACCGCCAUCCGCGCAUGCCGUCCCGUCCCAGCAGCAGCAGCAGCAGCAUUUCGAGCUUCCGCCUUCGCGUGCCUCCUCGCAGCUCAGCCACGCGGGCUCGGACGGCACGCAGCUGACGCACUCGCGCAACCACUCGCAGGACAGUGCCACCUCGUACCGCUCGACCGACGGCUCGCGGACGUCCUACGAGACCGCCUCCUACCCGUACGACGCCUACGACAGCAUCGUGUUGCCGCGCCGGGCCAGCCACACCGCCGAGCCGACCUUCCAGUUCCUGCGCAAACAGGACCUCGACCAGAUCCACCACCACCAUCAGCAGCAGCAGCAGCAGCAGCAGCUCCUGUUGCCUCAGCACGGCUACGUCCACGGCUACGAGAACGGAUACGUGCCGUUCGAGACGCACAGCUUACCCCGGCGCACCUGCAUCCACCACAAGCCGGAGGAGUUCCUCACGCACACGCUUCCGGCGAGGCACGAUCAGCACGGCCCCCAGCACCACCAUCACCACGAGCAGCUGCGCCUAUCGAACGGAAGCGUUAAUCAGGAUGUUCGCUCUUUUGACAGCCCGCACGCCGGCACGCUGAACCGGCGCAUGUCGGCCCACGCCAUCGUCGUCCAUCAGGAGCGCCCCGGACCAGGACCAGGUCCCUCCCAGCAGCAACACUACGGUGGGUCUAGCCUGCCGCUGGUGCAAGGACUACAGCAGCAGCAGCAGCAGCAACAGCAACGGCGGGCUUCGUACGCGUUCGUGACGCCCGACACGCACUCCCUGGCCAAGCGUCACUCGGUGCCGCAUCAGCAGAUCCAGAAGGUGCAGCCCCUCCAAGCGCAGCCAGCGGCGACCCCGGUCCACACCUUUCAGCCGCUGAUCAAACCGCAGCCCCCUCAGUUCUCGCAGCCCUUCCACACGCAACCGACCCCGUCGUGUCCGGUGACGCCACCCAACAUCCAGCCGCUGGACAUGCAGGACGACACCAAGUCAUCGUCAUCGUCCUCCUCCUCGUCGGACGCCAGCUGCUCGACGUGUGACUCCGACAGCGAUCGGGAGGAGGUGGAUCGGCCUGAAGGCGAGGCAACCGGCGAGGAGCGCGAGAUCUUCAUCGACUUUAAGCCGCGCGUGUCCCCGGUUCCGUCACCCGGCGCCGUCAAGAAGAAGAAGCUGCAGAAAUCGCAACCGGACGUGGUGGGUGAGGAACGCCGCAAGACGGCAGCGGCGAGGGACAGCAGCGGGGGUGACGACGUGGAGGGAGUUCCACCUCCGCCCCGAGACUAUCACGAUGCGAGCGAAAGCUCGGCCCCGCCGGACGAUGAAUCCCACCGAGUGGCGACCGACCGGCGGAAGGAGUCGUUCCGCAAGCGUUCGGUCAGCCUCGACCAACCGACGAGUGUCGAGCAAGAGGAGGAGGAGGAAGAGGAGGAGGAGGAGGCCGAGACGCAGGUCGGACCGACCGACCGACCGGACACCCGCCGUCCGUCCGUCGUGCGACCCGGGCGCCAUCUAUCGGCGCCACCAUCACCCCAGAAGGAACCGACGGAGCGGAGUGGAGCCCCGAGGCCAGCUGCGUCCCCGUUCCACUCGUCCGACUCGCUGGCCAACGAUGGGACUCGGGACACGUCCGACGGCAACUGGAACGAGUCACAGGCCACCAUCAUGGGCGGCAGUCUGACGGAAAAUGGGAAACUGACCCCGACGAGCCGGAGGAAAAACUUGCUGCUGCAGCACCAGCAGCGCAGCUCGAUGGACACGGACGUGCUGGACAUGGAGGACAUUGCCGAUCAGCCACUUCCACCGCUACCGACCGCACUGCUCUCGACCACCACGCCAACCACCCCUUCGCAGCAGCCAAACGGAACGGCGGUCCAGCCGACGGUGAGCAUCGGAAUCGUGAAGCCGACGACCCCAUCGAUCGCCGUCAUACCCUCGCCGAGCAUCGAACGGGAGGAGCAGCGCGACCUGCACUGGUCCCAGAAGUCGGCCACUCUCCGCCGCCCGUCGCGACCCCUUUCACCCUCGAAGCGAGCGGGCAGGGCCAGCGAGCAGCAGAAGCAACAGAAGUUGCCCAAAAUUGAACCACUCGUCCAUCGUGCGCCCGAACCCCCGACGAAGGUGGACUCCUGCAGCACCCCGUCGUCCGGUUUGCCGGGCAGCAGUGGGCCAGCGACGCCACAGGGUGGUGGCGCCCAACUCCCACCGAAGCAACCACCCGCGGCACGGUUCGCCGCCAAGGUCGGCUCACCCGGCAACGGCAUCGGCGAGCAUGGGCCGCUGCCGCAGGGCCCAGUGGCCUCGGAGCCGGCCUUCACCGCUGGCGGUGGCGGGGCCGGUUCGGAGGGCAGCACCACCGAGGACUACGUGACGUGCACGGACACCUCGAAGCGGGGCACCACCGGCGCCGGAGCUAAAGGUACGGGACACAAAACGAUCCACGCCACUAGACCGGCCAAACCCGCCACAGCCACGACGCAGGAAGGUUCGUCGUUCGAGAGCGCCUCCUCCAUCUACAGCCUGGCACGGGUCGAUGCGGUCUGCGAGGACACGGCGCCAAUCGAGGAGCAGCCAGCCACGUCGGUGUCACCGCAGAUCCCGGUGCCGCCGCUACCGAAACCUUCGCCAACGCACUCCGUCAGCAGCAGUUCGAGCGAUAGUUUCGACGCCAAGAAGGGUUCACCGUCGCGGCCCACGAUUGCCAAGGCACUGGGCCCGAAGGUGACCCAACACGGCUCCAAGCUCCACUCCGUGUCGGACGACGAACGCAGCGAGAAGCGCUACUCGUCGUCCCACGACGAGCAGGAGGCGACGGGCGGUGGCGUUGCAGGCCUGUCGAAGGUGCACGGGGUCGCCGGGGCCACGGGAACCAUCGCUCGCAGUGCUCGGCGGGGUCGCGACUGGAACGAGGAGGAGCGGCGCCGGAAAAAGAGCACCUUCAAGCUGGAGUUCGACAAGGACUCGAUCAAAACGUACACCACGCCGAUGCUGCGCCAGCCAAGCCCGGGCUUCAAGAAGCUGUCCCCCGAGGACAAGAGCGCCCUGAACGUGCUGGACGGGGCCAGCCCGAGCAGCAAACAGAAACGCUUCCGACCGAAGACCCGCAAGUCACCCCGCGCCCGCAGUGCUGUUCCGGAAGAUACCGGAACUUCUGGCGGUGUCUCCAGUGGAACGUUGCCUCGACGCAGCAAAACUCCGCUGGUACGAUCUCCGGACAAGCCCACGUCAUCGACAACACCUACCACAUCCGCCGUGGGGAUCGUUGCCACGGUCACCCUGCCAACUCCGGUGACGGGCCCACCGAACAAACUCAGCCCAUCGCAGUACUACUCGCAAAUCCGAAGUCCGCCCUCUGGUGGCUCUCCACGGAAGCAGAAAAUUUCACCCGAGAAGCGCCUCCAGGCGAUCUCGACCGAAUCCCUGCGGUCGGUAUCGCCCGGGUCCGACUCGGUCUUCUACAGUGAAGCCGAUGCACUGUCCCACUCGGAACAGGUCCACUGUUCACACUGCGGGAAGGAGGUCGAGGUGGCCAACUUGCCCGGUGAGUCGGAGGAAUCACUCCGGACGCUCGACUCCACCGAUGGCGGCGAUCGGCCGGACAUCGUGCAGCCACCGGAGGGUUUCGCCGACUCGCCCGACUGCACCCGGACACCGCACCACACGCGCCUCUACAAGAAGAUGGACAAGCGGUUUCGGUCCGAGGAUCGGCACAUCGACCGGCGCCACUUCAAGAGCCGCCAGGAGUACCGGGCUAAGAGUGAAGAGCGUGGCAAGGAGGACGUGGAACCGAACAAUCUCCGUCCGGCCGGGUCCUCCCCGUGUGUGGGACCCGGUGGUCACGCGGAACACCCGGUGGCCGAACCGGAGCAGGGAAUCUACCACGGGAACUACCGGGCGGGCCUGUGGAUCUGUAUCGCCGAUCGGGACGUCUGGCGACGCCACGAGCUCCCGGACGGAAGCUUCGACCGGCCGAAAGAGGUCGGCUCGGGUGAGCGCCGGGGGUCGACCGACUCGGAGCGGGACUUUCGGAAGAAGUACCAGGCGAUAACGCACCGGCUGGUGCACCGCAAGUCCUGCGUCGAGAUGUACCGACGCCAGAACAGCAACAGCUUCGACACCGACAAGACGGUGGUGGUGUGCCGGAAGUCCGGCGAGUUCGGGUUCCGCAUCCACGGCUCGAAACCGGUCGUCGUGUCGGCCAUCGAGCCGGACACGCCGGCCGAAAGCUCGGGUCUGGAGGUGGGCGACAUCGUCCUGUCAGUCAACGGGAUCUCGGUGAUCGACAAGAGCCACUCGGAGGUUGUGAAAAUUGCUCACGCCGGCAGCGACACGCUGGAGCUGGAGGUUGCCCGCACGAUCGGAGUGCUGUCGCCGCUCGAGGAGAGCACGUCGCAUCCAUCGAUCUACACCGGCCUCCUGUGGCGUUACUGCUCCACCGGUGGCAAGUGGGUUCGCCGAUGGUUCUCGCUACGUCCGGACCAUUGCCUUUACUACUACCGAUCGGAUGUGGAUAAUCAACCGAUCGGUGCGAUCAUGCUGACAAACCACAAGAUCCUGCGCAAUGCACCCGAACCGGGCAGUCGACCGUUUAGCUUCGUCAUCGACACCGAGGAGGGCGUCAAGGUGGAGCUGGCCGCAGACAGUGACGAGGCGGCCAGCCGAUGGAUCGCCAUCAUCAGCCACGCCGCCCAGCAGUGUGACCCGUGGUUGGAGAACAGUGCCCGGAACCUGCGGUUGGCAGUGGGGGCCAUCAGCAAACCGGACUGCAGCGGACCUUUGGCCAAGCUGGGCAGCAAGUGGCGCUCGUGGACCAAACGCUACUGCGUGCUGAAGGAUGCCGUGCUGUACUUCUAUCACGAUGGCACGAGCAAGGCCGCAAUCGGGAUGGCGUGCCUGCAGGGCUACCGUGUGCAGCCGUCGUCGGCCGGUGGCAAGAAGUACGCGUUCGAAAUCGUACCACCGGAGCUCAGCCUCAGACACUAUUACUUCCACACGGAAACGGAGAUGGACAAGAAGCGCUGGGUGGCCGCCCUGGAAUACUCGAUAGACCGGUGGAUGCGGGCCGGCUGA